CGGGCCUAAGAUUAUAUAGUGCCAAAGAGAACUGGGUUCUUACAGGUGGGCCCGUUGUUCUCUGAUCUGGACCUUUGAUCUGAUGUUCCCUGACGUGGAUGGGCCAUGCACGUACUCGUAUGGAGGAUCAUAUGCUUUUGUUUUGUUGCAAUUAGGACGGAGGAGUGCAAUGGCCAUAAUAAGCCUUGGUUAGAAGACACGUGCGGUAGGCCACUGGGCUUGCAAUUCAAUGAGGCCACCGGCGAUCUGUACAUUGCGGAUGCCUAUUACGGGCUCUUUGUGGUGGGGCCCACCGGAGGAUUGGCCACCCAGCUAGCUAGUGGGGCCCAAGGGGUCCCCUUUCGCUUCACCAACGGUUUGGAUAUUGACAAGGCGACCGGGAUUGUUUAUUUCACGGACGCUAGCAUGAUAUACCCAAGGAGGGACAACACAUGGGUCACUAUAAGCGGCGAUCGGACAGGAAGAUUGUUGAAAUACGAUCCACGAAGCAAAGAGUUGACCUUGUUGCUUAAAGGCCUCGUCUACCCAAAUGGGGUGGCAAUUAGUAAGGAUAGCACAUUCCUCCUCAUCGUCGAGACCACCACCCAAAGAAUUUUGAGGUUUUGGCUUCAGGGUCCUAAAGUCGGAGCCCUUGAAUUUUUCGCCCAGCUAUCUGGAUACCCAGAUAACAUCAAAAGGAACCCUAGAGGAGAAUUCUGGGUAGCUAUCACACCAUCAUCCAUCAACAGUGUGAUUGGAAUGUGUUUUAAUGAGAAGGGUGAGAUCACGGAGGUAUUGAAUGACAAAUUUGGAAUGAUUACUUCACAUCUUAGUGAAGUAGAAGAAAACAAUGGGAGUUUAUGGUUGGGAUCUGUGGUUGCGCCUGAUGUUGGCAUUUACAAGCUUUAA